AUGCAGGACAUGUGCCUCUCGCUCUUGGGCCACAUCGGACGCAGGAUCCGCGUCGUCAGGGGGCCGCUGCUAGAAAGCAUGUUUGCGCCCAAGGCAGGCGUGAGAUAUGACGGAGAAUACACACUUAUCCAAUAUGGCCAGAAGGUCAACCCAAUGACGGGGGCUCACCGACUCAGCCUGGUCCUGGGCCGUGUCGAGGGCCAAAUACCUAUGCACAAGCUCAUAAGCAUACCUAGACCAUCACAAAUGGAUGACUGGAAGAUGUUUGAGGAUAUCGAAGAACGUCUGAUGCAAUGCCAGCUUAGUGAAGCAAACUUUGUCAGGUGGUUUAUGGACAAAGCAGGUGAUAUUGUGAAGAAGGAACGGUUCGAACGGUUCAUGCACCUUGCCUCUACCGCGGCACUUCACGAGUGGGUUUCCCAAAUGAAGAGGAAGGGAGGAGACGUAAAACAGCUCGAAACAGUUUGCAAGACAGGGGACCUUGUAUGGGAGAGGUGA